CCUUCCAAAAAACGAGCUCUCUCCUCGGACCCAUUACCCUAAAACGGAUGACAUCCAUACAUUGCCCAGAAGCGAAGCGAAUGCAUUUAUGUGAUCCACGUAUGGCUAAAGCUAAUCAAAGUACUGCACCAUCACUUUGAAGCUACUGAAAACCAACUUUUGCAGGUCACAGUACAAACUUGAUCUCCUAGCGGUUGUGGACAGAAGUACCAUGGAAGUUCUCUCUAUCGGAGCUUCUUAUUCUUCUUUGUCUUCCUUUCAGUUCGCAAUGGUCCCAACAAGAGUUCUCACGACCCAACUCCACAAACCCACGAUGAAUCUUCGAUUCUACCAACGACGCACUUCAUCUUUCUCAUCGAACCACAAGGACAAAGUCGAAUUCAAGCUUUUCACAGCUACGUCUCCCACAGUUUCGACUGAAUUCACCGACCCACCUGAACAAGAAGUUGAAAUUCAGAGUCAAGAAGAGAAAUUCGAUUGGUAUGCGCAGUGGUAUCCGGUUAUGCCGGUCUGCGACCUCGACAAGAGGGCCCCACAUGCAAAGAAAGUUAUGGGGCUUGAUAUUGUGGUUUGGUGGGAUAGGAAUGAAAGUUCAUGGAAGGUGUUUGAUGAUAGUUGUCCCCACAGGUUGGCUCCAUUAUCUGAAGGAAGGAUUGAUCAAUGGGGAAGGUUGCAGUGUGUGUACCAUGGUUGGUGUUUCAGUGGCUCUGGUGACUGCAAACUCAUUCCCCAGUCACCCCCAGAUGGUCCUCCGGUAAUAUCUCAAAUUUGCAAAGAAACACUACUUUUUCCACAGUUUGGCUAUUUUCUGGUAUUUAGUUUUAAUUUCAUUGAUUGGUCCUUAAUCCCUUGUGCUCUAAACUUUUGCUAUGCAUGUGGUGAAAUUCUCCAUGUACUCACUUUCCUCUUUUUUGUUGUCCAAUCUUUUGUUGUUUUUUCUAGUGUGUGGGUAGUUAUCCCAUAUUGGUUGUGUAAAGAGGUGAGAGUGGGUAUUUAUAUUCCUUCCUCACACUUGGGUUUGGGCCCUAAGGGGCACCCAGAUUUUGUGAGCGGGCGAACCCUUUAGCCCACGCGCGCCGCC